CGCUUCGUGAACGCUAUGAGGAACUACGAGUGUUGUUAGAUAGGGCUAUAGAAUAUUACAAAGCUCUUAGCACUACCUCUAAAAUCCUCCUCUGGGCUGUGGCCGGUUUACACCAAAUUCUUGGUGUCGUCAUCUGGCUCGUCGGUCCUAAGAAGAUAUUUGGAUAUAUUGCAAACAUUGCUCUCGAAUUACAGAAUUUGCCCUUUGGUUGGCUGAUACUAGUAUCCUGCCUUGUGGUGGCAUCGUUCCCGCCAUUAAUCGGCUAUGGAAUGCUGAUCACGGUAUGCGGAUUCGUCUAUGGCUUUCCAUUUGGCAUUCUACCGGCUGCAGCCGGCAGUAUCACCGGUGCGACAGUUGUUUUCCAGCUGAGCAGAGCUCUUCAAAAAAGCGCCUUUUGGAGCAGCAGGCUAAGUGCGCUGUCAAAUUCACCGAAAUGGCGAGCGAUCAGUCUCGCGAUAACUGAACGGGGAAUCGGUUUGGUUGUCUUACUACGAUUGUGCCCGAUACCCCCAUGGGUGUACAGCAAUUUGGGUUUCAGUCUAUUGCCAGAGGAGCAACUCAGUUAUUGGAACUUCCUUUUAGCCACGUUGCUUAGCACACCACGACUUUUUCUACAUGUUUUCAUCGGUUCACGCCUAUUCAAUCUCUCAGAUCCCAAUCAGGAGCUCGAUGGGACAAGCAAAAUGAUCGACAUCGCAAGCAUAGUCACAGGAAUGACUCUUUCAACCGCACUGGGGUGGUACGUCUACAAGACGACAAUGCGCAAGAUUAAAGAGAGUGUGCAUGAUGUUUAUGAUGAUAAUGAAAGUCUAUUGUCAGAGUUACGGUAGUUUCUAUAUUAUUCCAAUCUUGUUCUAUAUCCUAAUUAAACUCUCGUAACGAUUUCUGUGGAUCACGUCUGCAGAUGUUUCCACCACCACGGAGCAACUCUGGAAGAACUCUUCCAUGUUUAAUUGUUUGUUGUACAAUAGCUGGAACUUCACGUGCUGAUACUCUACCGUAGCAAACACUAGCACCAGAUGGGAAAUGGAUGAUAACGUUUCCAGCGAACUUGUGACCGCCGACAUGACUAACUUUGAAAAGACCGACUGUGCUUCCUUCCUCUACGGUGAUAUCUUUCAGUCUUUCUGUGAUCUCGUUGACAUCCUUUGUGGUGUCGCACUCUUCAGGUGAGGCCUUGAUUUGAGGAGAAGUAUAAGGUGUGGCAGUCAUGCUGAAACCACCCUGGGGGAGUUGAACGGGUUUGUGAUCGAGGGAUAUUGUGUCACCUCUCUUGUCAAUGUUCCAACCUUCACUUUCGACACAUUUUAUCAUUUCUCGUUCAAUGAUAGGAGCAGAAAUUGCACAUUUCUUGUCGCGAGAUUUGUGUGAGCAUAUGAGGACUGUGGCGAUAUAUGGGAGGGGGUAUGUGCGUAUAGCCUUCUCGGACGCAACGAGGUGAUUGACAGCGAGGUGUGACUUGAAGAAGUCUUCGGCAGUCUCCCUAUUGACGCAGAUGUUCUCUGCUAAUACGUAAUCAGGGAAAACAAGGGCUGACUCUCUUUCUUUCUUUGUUGAAGGGGAGAUAUGAGAGCCGUUAAGGAUCUGGAUGUUGUUAUUACCCUCAAUCCGGGUAUCGAAUACACCUUCACACUUUAUAGGAUGUGAGGCUACUUGUGGUACUUUUUGUACGCUUGUGUUUGCUCUUUUCGCUAUGAUACGUUGCAUGAGACCAGGAUCGUCUUUAAGCUGGAAAGUAUCCUGUGUACGGUCGAGCAUACCAGCCAGGGUGAGCUCAUUAUCUGUGAUAUCAUGCUCCCAAUCUGUUCUACCUGUGCUUAUAACGACUUGCUUAGAAAAUGGUUUGUAAGUGCCGAGCAUGUUUGAAGUAGUAUCAACUAAGGCGAUAUUAGUGUGUAUAGAUCUACUAUAAGUAACGAACUAUCGAAAUUCUUUGGGAAAUCCUCAAAGUCACCGGUUUCGCCAUCACAUUUCGCUACACAGGAGUGACAGUCUACCUCGGAUAUUGGCACUUUGGCAGAAGAUAAGCUCUCUUUGUUCUUAUCAGAUUGCUUAUUCGCUGGCUUAUUCCCUAUACCAGAUAUCGUACGCUUCAAGAAUCCUGACAUGAUGACUGUUCGCUCUUGAGAGUCUACGACGAUGGACAUACGCAAGAAUAAGCAGAUUAGACAGUCGUUCGCACCUGCACCAUCACCUACACCAAGUCUACCGCAACUCUCGAGUUCAGAGGACUCGCCUAGAAAAACAUCGACACUCAAGUUGGUGCUCUACAGUCUACCAUCGCUACAGCCAUCGGAACUACCGAAUUCAACGAGAACGCAGAUUUGCAAGUCAGCCAGCAUUCCUUAUAGAGAUUUGAGAGUCUUGGAUAGCCCACUCAGCGAUGACGAACCGUCGAUUUUGAUUAGGGACAGCUGUAUCGUUUAUGCCGGCGAGGGCGUACGUGCUAUUGUUAGAUCAGACAGACUUCUCGUCGUCAGAGGCGAGAACGACGUCGGCAUUGGUCAUAAUCCGGCAACGAUUGAAAUUAUCCAUACUAUUCUUCUCAGCUUGGAGAAUAGACUGACGUCUAAUGAUUUUACAAAGCGAACCUAUCCUUUCGAAUUCAACGCACUAGAAACUCUCUUGAUGCAUUCCUUCAGCUUACUAGAAAAGCGUGUGGCGAGUCUCACGCUCUCGACAGACACACUCCUCGAGACACUCCGCACAAAAGGCAUAGAACAUGACCAGUUAUUGGAUAUGCUCGAUCUUUCGACAGCUGUCGACAAAGCAAAUAGGAAAGUACGUGGUAUGCACAAAGCAAUAGAAGAAGUCCUUCGAGAAGAGGAGGACAUGGCUGCUAUGUACUUGACAGCCAAGCAUUUCGGAAAGCCGCGCAACGAAGGUGAAGAUGAUGAAGUUGAGCUUCUCUUGGAAGCCUAUUUGAAGCAAUCAUCAACUCUCUGCUCAGCUGUAGCAGCUCUAACAACUCGUUUGCAGUCCACCAGUCGGCAUAUCGACCUCGUUAUGGCUGCAACGAGAAACAGAUUGCUACACCUGGAAAUACAACUGGCUGUCGUCACUGCGGCACUCGGAUUGGGAUCCUUCUUCACUGGAUUGCUCGGUAUGAACUUGAUGAACCACUUUGAGGAACACUGGAGUGCGUUUUACAUAUUCACAAGCUUCCUCGUUGUCCUUGUGACUAUAACCAUGAGGUAUGGCAUAAGGAUACUCAACAGGACACGCUGGUCAAGGAUACAAGCCUCGAAAGAGGACCAUAGCAACGACCACCUGAACAACCUAGUGAGGAAGAGCAUGCUAUCAAACAACAAGCCAAUUAGAUUAGAAAAUGAGUCAGAGGGUGAGGAAAGUGUAUAAUUGAUGCAUAGACUGGUGGUCUACACUCACUGCGGUGGGCAUCCG